UCUACAUAAAAUAUAACAGUCAAUUAGCUUUAAUUAAGCUGCAUUAAUUGCAUUUUUUGCUAUGGUCAUGUUUCUCAGAUCACAACAAGGCAUGUUGUUUUGUAAAUAUCUAAAGUGAGAAACGGCCUACAGCGAUAACGAAUACACCAGUGGAGAGCUGAAUGUCUGAGGAUUUCUAGGAUACUAAACAUGUGCAGGUAAUGUGAAGGGACUAAUGUGUAUUUUGAGGAGAAGGAAAGCAAAGAAGCACAAGUUAGUGCGGCGCGCUAGCAGCGCGAGCGGAUUUGGCCGGUGUCGGCGUGGUGCUGACGUUGCGGCUCGCGCUGGGCGCAUAUAGACACCGCGCUGUGCAGGGCCCGUCACUCUGCCUGCCUCCGUCACUGACUGCGUGUGCUGCCCGCUCCUUGUCACGAUAUCUGUCUCGCUCUCUGUCUCCGCAUCACCAUGGCCGACACUGCCGCCGAUACUCCAGCUGCGUCUUCUGCUCCUGCUGCCAGCAAGAAAGCCGCCGCCAAGACCAAGAAACCAGCCAAACCCUCGGAACACCCGAAAUACAACGUCAUGAUUGCAGCAGCCAUCGACACCCUGAAAGAACGGGGUGGCUCGUCACGACAGGCCAUCCUGAAGUACAUCCAGACCAACUACAAAGUGGGCGACGAGGUGGCCAAGAUCAACGCUCGCCUCAAGACCGCCCUGAAAGCUGGCGUCAAGGUCGGGACCCUCAAGCAGUCGAAGGGGACUGGGGCGUCCGGUUCCUUUCGUCUGGGCGAGAAGAAGGUCGUCGUCGCCGCACCCAAGCCCAAGAAGGCCAAGAAGCCCAAGGCUGCUGCGGUCAAGAAGCCUAAGGCUUCUCCCAAGAAGGCCGCUGCCAAAAAGCCCAAGGCUUCUCCCAAGAAGGUUGCUGUUAAGAAACCCAAAGCUGCUGCCGCUGCUGCUACCAAGAAAGCCAAGUCGCCCAAGAAGGCAGCUGCCAAGCCCAAAACUGCCAAGCCUGCUGCAGCCAAGAAGCCCAAGGCCGCCAAACCAGCUGCAAAGAAAGCCGCCAAAAGCCCAGCCAAGAAGGCAGCCAAGCCCAAAGCCACCAAGGCUUAACUUGACAACGGAUUCCUCCCUUUUUUUUUCAAACCCUAACAAUGGUCCUUUUGAGGACCACACAGUUUCCAUGUGAGAGUGCAUCUCUCCUCGCAAAGUUUGCAAUACGUGUAUUUUAGUUUUAUUCCUAGCAAUGAGUGAAGAUAAACUACCUUUCAAAUAAUUUCCACCUCCCAAAGUGAUUGGAAACGUUUUUUUUUUUUUUUUUUUGUGGAAAAAUCUCUCUUGUCUUUGCUGAUUUAUCCCUUUUUCACGUUUCAUUGCUCCCCCAGCGUUAGGUGAAACUUGUUAAAACGUACUUAAAAACUACCUUUUUUAAGGCGAUGCAAGCUGAAAGUCUAUUAUUGUUUUCAUUGCUCAUUUUAGUGUCUACCAUGUCAGUGGCUCACACUUGACAAAAUACCUGCCAUAGUACUACUUUCGUUAGCCUUUUUCUCUCAACUGACCUGGAAACAGGACAUACAUUCGAGUUUACUUGGUGACAGUGAGAGAUAGAUAAUAUAACAUCAUGCAAUCUGAUCCUUCAGUUAUUUUCUACAUAUUUUGUAGAAUGUGUGUCUGUCUGUCGUGUGUAUGCAUGUGUCUUGAUUUCUUUACUGACAGUUAUUCCCAAAUCUUAGCAGCCAAAGAAAAUUGUCUGUAUGCAUAACGUUCUCUUUAUUUGGCAACCAUGUAUUUUCAUUAUACAGUAAUGUAAAAGGUCACCAUGGUAGGCAAUGCGCUUUCCCUUUAUAAAUUCUACUACGGUGCAGAUACUGUCGCCCGAAGCCCGUCGUCUGCUAACGCAAGGGAAGCGAUCUAAGAGUUAAAACCACAUGGUCUCAAGAGCUAUCUCCCUUAAUCGACCUUGCUGCUG